GUGCUGCCCUUCCUUUCAACGCACGGCCCUGCAGCCUCCGUAAAACACGGAAAAAAGUACGAGCCACCUCUGUCUCAGCCAAUAGCACUGUCAAGGAGGUAGCAACGACUGAUACUGAUCUGAAGAGCUCCAUCAGCGUAAAGGCCAUCGUUAGGGUCAAAAGAACAAUUGGAGCUUUCCUUACACAUAUAGGUAUCGACAAGGGGCUUGAUGACAUAAAGGACUUGCUUGGAAAAACGCUGCUAAUAGAACUCGUUAGCUCUGAGCUCGACCCAAAGACAGGGUUAGAGAAGAGUACGAUUGAAGCCUUUGCGCACCGAGUUGGGAAGGAAAAUGAUGAUGUAAAGUACGAAGCAGACUUUGAAGUUCCAUUAGAUUUUGGUAAAGUAGGAGCUGUUUUCGUGGAGAAUGAGCACCGCAAGGAGAUGUUUUUGGAUGACAUAGUUAUAGAUGGCUUCCCUCAGGGCCCUGUUACCAUCAGCUGUGGCUCCUGGGUUCAUUCCAAGCACGAUAAUCCACACAAAAGAGCCUUUUUUGCCAACAAGUGUUAUUUGCCAUCAGAAACGCCGGAUGGGUUGAAAAGGCUGAGGGAAGAAGAACUCUUGCAUUUACGAGGCAGUGGUCACGGAGAGCGUAAACCCCAAGACCGGAUUUAUGCCUACGACGUUUACAACGAUCUGGGUGACCCAGAUAAGGAUCCAGAACUCCAAAGACCAGUGCUUGGAGGCAAAGACCAUCCAUAUCCCAGGCGAUGCAGAACAGGCCGCCCUCGCUGCACCCAAGAUCCGUUGUCAGAGAAGAGGAAUGGGGGCCACUUCCAGGUGCCGAGAGACGAGUGCUUCUCAGAGAUAAAGCAAAUAACAUUUUCGGCGAAAACGGUUUCGUCGCUAAUGCGGUGCUUGGUACCGUCGAUUGAGACGACGAUGGCGGCUCAUAAGGAAAAAGGAUUUAAGUAUUUCACGAGCAUAGAUUUACUGUUCAGCGAAGGGAUUAGUUUACCUCCGCUUAAAAGGGAAGGUCUUUGGCAAGCGCUGCUGCCCAGACUUAUGAAGGCCAUCACCGACGGAGGUGAUGAAGUGCUGCGUUUUGAGACACCGGAGACGAUGAACAGAGAUAAAUUCUUUUGGUUUAGAGACGAGGAAUUUGCUCGACAAACUCUCGCAGGUCUUAACCCAUAUGGCAUUCGGCUAGUCACGGAAUGGCCGUUGAAGAGUAAGCUUGAUCCUGAAAUCUAUGGUCCUGCAGAGUCAGCCAUCACCACAGAAAUGAUCGAGCAUCAGAUAGGGGGAUUCAUGACCGUCCAUGAGGCAGUAAAACAAAAGAAAUUAUUCCUCCUAGAUUACCACGACAUCUUACUACCAUUUGUCAAAAAAGUUCGAGAACUUGAAGGCACAACAUUGUACGGAUCAAGGGCGCUAUUUUAUCUGAAUGCCGAUGACACAUUGAGGCCAAUUGCCAUUGAGCUGACACGGCCACCCUUGGACGGGAAGCCACAAUGGAAACAAGCAUUCACGGCUUCAUGGGACUCAACAGCUUGCUGGCUCUGGCGGCUUGCCAAAGCGCAUGUCCUGGCUCAUGAUUCCGGCUACCACCAGCUCGUUAGUCAUUGGUUAAGGACUCAUUGCGCCACUGAACCUUAUAUAAUCGCAACAAAUCGGCAACUGAGCGUGAUGCACCCCAUAUAUAGGUUGUUACAUCCUCAUUUCCGGUACACCAUGGAGAUCAAUGCACUGGCUCGGGAAUCGCUGAUAAAUGCAAAUGGGAUCAUUGAAAAUUCAUUCACCCCUGGGAAGUACUCGAUGGAACUUUGCUCUGCUGCUUAUGACCUACAAUGGCGUUUUGACCUUGAAGCAUUGCCUGCAGAUUUAAUCAACAGGGGAAUGGCCGUCGAAGAUCCAACUGCACCUCACGGCCUAAGGCUAGCAAUCAAAGAUUACCCAUUUGCUAACGAUGGUCUGCUUCUAUGGGAUGCCAUCAAAGAAUGGGUUACGGAUUACGUCAACCAUUACUUUCCGAACGCAGAAUUAGUUGAAUCAGACCAAGAACUUCAAUCAUGGUGGACGGAAAUCCGAACAGUAGGCCACGGUGAUAAGAAGGACGAACCAUGGUGGCCCGAGCUCAAAACCCCACAAAACCUUAUUGACAUCCUAACCACCAUGAUCUGGGUAACUUCGGGCCACCACGCCGCUGUCAACUUCGGACAGUACGCAUAUGCCGGAUACUUCCCCAACAGACCAACUAUUGCAAGGAUCAAAAUGCCGACGGAGGACCCCACAGAAGAAGAUUGGGAAUUCUUCUUGAGAAAACCGGAGGCGGUGCUUCUUAGGUGCUUUCCUUCGAGGCUUCAGGCUACAAGGAUAAUGGCGGUUUUGGACGUGCUGUCGAAUCAUUCACCAGAUGAGGAGUACUUGGGGGAGAAAAUGGAGGCGGUGUGGGGGGAGAAUCCGGUGAUAAAGGCGGCGUUCGAGAGGUUUAGUGGGAGGUUGAAGGUGAUUGAAGGGAUUAUUGAUGAAAGGAAUGGUAAUAUGAGUUUCAAGAACAGAAGUGGGGCUGGGAUUGUGCCUUAUGAGUUAUUGAAGCCGUUUUCGGAGCCUGGAGUGACUGGAAUGGGAGUUCCUAAUAGCAUUUCUAUAUGAAAAAUGAAAUAUUAAUAAUAUGAGUACUUGAAAUUGCCCUCCAAAUAAAAUGUGAGUACUUAAUAAUAAUAAGAAAGUAAUUGGUAUACA